CGCUCGUGAGUCGGCGGGGGGAAUUCUUUUAAGAAAUAAAGCCGCAGACAUAUGGAAAUAGCGAGAGAGCAGGGGGGCAUCUGUGACCGGCGGCGACACGUGCUCCUCUCCUCUCCCCCUCCUCCUCACGGGAGUUUCUGAAGAGGGAGGGCGGCUUGUGCAUCCCAUCAUCGUCUUCCUCAUCUGGCGUCGGAGGGCACGGCCGAGUGUGAGCCAUGACUCUGAGCUCAGAGAUGUCGGAAGCCUCCAUCCUUUCGGAAGAGACCGACAUAGACGUGGUCGGAGAAGGGGAGGAUGGGGACGGCCAGACGCGCUCCUACGUGGACGAGGUGGCGCAGAUGCACGACGGCAUCCUCCUGGACGGCUCUCCUCCUCCAUGCCUGGACAGCUCCACCUCCUCCAGGGAUGCCUACAAGCCGGCGGGCAAGAACACCCUGGUGAAGCCCCCUUACUCCUACAUCGCCUUAAUCACCAUGUCCAUCCUGCAGAGCCCCAAGAAGAGGCUCACCCUCAGCGAGAUCUGCGACUUCAUCAGCAACCGCUUCCCGUACUACAGGGAGAAGUUCCCGGCCUGGCAGAACUCCAUCAGACACAACUUAUCCCUCAACGACUGCUUCGUCAAGAUACCGAGGGAGCCCGGGAACCCCGGGAAGGGCAACUACUGGACCCUGGACCCGGAGUCGGCUGAUAUGUUCGACAACGGGAGCUUUCUGCGGCGGAGGAAGCGCUUCAAGCGGCAGCAGGCGCAGGACUUGCUGCGGGAGCACAACGCGUUCAUCCCCGCCGCCGCUGCUGCUGCCGCUGCGGCGUAUGGGUACGGACCGUACGGCUGCGGAGGAUACGGCAUCCAGCUCCAGUCCUACCACACACACUCUGCGCUUUUUGCGUUUCAGCAGCAGCAGCAGCAGCAGCAGCACCAGCAGCACUCCAGGCACUCGCAUUCACACACGGGAACCAUUAUCCCCGCGCCCUCUCUCAUGCCCACCACCACGGACUUAGCCAGGAGUAGGUUUUACCCGCAGCUCAGCUCCAGCCUGGGCUCCGCCAGCGCGCAGGCUGCGUCCCCGGUGCAGAAGUCCAGCUCCCCGGUGCAGCGCUCUCCCUUCUCCAUAGAGAGCAUCAUAGGCGGCUCUCUGAGCCCCUCCCGGACUUCCCCGGUCCUCGUCCCGGUCUUGCCCUCGUCGCUGGGGCCUGCAGUGGGGGGCCAGCCGCACACCGUCCACCCGGGAACUGUUUUACACCCGGCUGAAAACUUUGCGAGCAGAGUGGCCAGCGGUCUGAACUGAAAACUUUUCAAGAGAGUUAGACAAAAAGCAAACUGCCGCAAAUCAAAAAAAAAAAAAACGCGCCCCUCUUUGAAGGUAGGAUUAUUUUUGUAUGUUUAUUUGAUAGCACACAGCUGAAUGAUGGACAUGAAAACACGAUGUGUGCCUAUAUUCACGCUGUUUCUAAAGAUAUAGGCUAUUUAUGUUCAUUUAUCUUCGGUGUGAAUCAGACUUUUUGGACCACGAACUUUCCUUGUACUUUCAAUGAAGUGAUUCUUUUCAGUCACUGUUUUUAGGGCGUCUCAGGAUACAAUGACUUAAUGAGCAGGUUAUGAAUGAUCACAUGUUUGAAAUAGGCUAAUAAUAAUGUAUUUGUGUCAAACACAUCCAUGUUCUUUUUUUAUUAAUAGUUAUGGCAAAUCAAAACAUUUUUUCCCCCCAAGUUUUGAUUUGAACUUUGUAUGACACAGCAAGCAAAAAUCUUACAUUUAUAAUAAUAUGCAGUGUGUGUUUAUUUCAGUAAUAAAACAUUGUACA